AUGGCGCCGCGCCGACCCGAUAUAGAGAGCGGCGUGGACGGAGCUCAGCUUCCCAGAAAGCGUGGGGGCCGCGCCGCGGGCCCUAGUGGAGCUCGCGCCAGCACGCGGCAAGCCGCACUCCCGCGUCAGCCCCAGCCCGCAGCCGCCACACUGGCCCCCCGCCAUGCCUGCAUGGAGCCUGCGCCCCCAACGCCCUCCACCGACUCCGAGGCCGACUCGGGGGAUGAAUCCGUCCCCGCCGACCCUGCAAAGUGGGAGCGUCGCGACGUGGUGCGGUGCGUGCGCUGGGUGGCGAGGAAGUUUGGGGUGCGAUCGCCUCGGCGCAGUUUGCUGCCGCGCACUGGGCCUGCACUGCUGGCCCUCGGCACCGACGGCUGGCUCCAGGUGUGCGAGGGCUGUGAGCCGGCGGCGCGCAUCUUCAGCGCGUACGUGGCGCACGCGCACGCAAGCGCCACCGGCCUGCCCCCACCGGCGCCGCUGCCCGAGCACCAGGCGGCAGGCACCAGCGGCCAGGACCACUCACCACUACCCGAGCCUUACGCGUCUCUGAGCAACGGUGCGCGUGCAGGGGGCAGCGGCGGCCAGGUGCAGCUGUGGCAGUUCCUGCUCGAGGAACUGGCAGCCGGCGCGCCGGGCAUAUGCUGGGAGGGUGCCCCCGGUGAGGGCGAGUUCCGGCUGUCGGACCCUGACGAGGUGGCUCGCCGCUGGGGCCGCCGCAAGCAGAAGCCCAACAUGAACUACGACAAGCUGUCGCGAGCGCUGCGCUACUACUACGACAAGAACAUCAUGACCAAGGUGCACGGCAAGCGGUAUGCGUACCGCUUCUGCUGGCCAGGGUUGGCAGCAGCCUGCCAGGCGCAGGCGGCCGACGCGCCCCCCUACUGGCGUUGCAUCGCCCCCGCCGCCGCCGCUGCGCCCUCUCAACCAUCACAGUCCGCACAGCCGUCGUCAGACCUCCACCCCUCGAAUUGGCAC